UCUAGUCGAUACUCUAUCUACGAUAGAGAUGGUCCUCCUUCUCUCUACCAUCUACACUCCAUAAUAUAUCUACUGAGAGUUGUGCCACAGAGUACUUUCUACUUUUUAUAUUCCUUGGAAUCAUAGAAUAAUGUCUAUGUUGAAAAUUGAAAAUUAAAAAAAACAAUAAUAUAAUGAACAUAGUCAUAGUCAUAGAUUCAUAGUUCAUUCAGAUUCAUAGAUAUAGAUAAUAUAUAAUAAGAAUGAAUUUCGUUUUGCUUAUUUGAUGCGUUUGAUGCUUUCUUAUAAUGGAGUAAAAGUAUUCUGUGCUUAUAACUUGCAAAGUCUGUUGUUGUAAAAGUUAAUUGUUACGGGUCGAUGAAUUUACAGAAACGAAUUUCUAAUUUAAUUACGUACCUAGUUUACUAAAUACUCCAUAAUUGUUAAUAGUCACGCAUGAUAAUAAUUUCAGUUGUCAUAACAUUGUUAUAUAUUAUACACUCAUCUACAGAACACAUUUACUCUCUACCGAGAGCACUCUCCUAUCAAAAUGCUGGUAUCUCUAUAUCGCAAGCACUCGUUGGUCCUGCCGCGGCUCACAGCAGCAUUCAGUUCUUCUGUCAAAGACACACAUACAAAACCCAAAACAGCAAUUGUUAUGCUGAACAUGGGUGGACCGGAGACAACAGAUCAGGUGGCUGGUUACCUCCACCGUAUCAUGACAGACAGAGACAUGAUCCAGUUGCCGGUGCAGAGCAAACUCGGCCCUUGGAUCGCUAGCAGGAGAACCGCAGAGGUCAUCAAGAAAUACACAGAGAUCGGGGGAGGUUCUCCAAUACUCAAGUGGACUAAUACUCAGGGUAGGUUGCUGACGCAAGCUCUAGACCAGAUGCUCCCAGAAUCAGCACCUCAUAAGCACUAUGUGGCAUUUAGAUAUGUACCACCUUAUACGGAGGAGGCGUUUGAGCAGUUGGAGAAGGACGGUGUAGAAAGAGUUGUGAUAUUCUCUCAGUAUCCUCAAUACAGCUGUGCCACUACUGGCUCAAGUUUGAACGCCAUCGCAGAUUUUUAUAGAAAUAGAGAAAUCCCACAGAACAUCAAAUUCAGCAUGAUAGAAAGGUGGGCUUCCCACCCACUGCUGGCUAAAGUGUUUGCUGAAAGGAUCAAGGAGAAGCUGGAGCGGUUUGACAGAAGCGUAAGGGACGAUGUGCUCAUUAUGUUUACAGCUCAUAGCCUGCCUUUGAAGGCUGUGUCAAGAGGUGACACCUAUCCUCAUGAAGUAGCAGCCACGGUGGCAGCGACAAUGAAUGUGCUGAAAGUACCCAACCCUCACCGUCUAGUGUGGCAGUCGAAAGUUGGACCUCUGCCUUGGCUGCAACCCUACACCGACGAAGCUAUUAAGGCAUAUGCGAAGCAAGGAAGAAAACACCUCAUUUUAGUUCCGAUAGCAUUUGUGAAUGAACACAUAGAAACGUUGCACGAGUUGGACAUUGAAUAUUGUGACGAACUCGCCCAUGAGGCAGGCAUAGUUCAGAUAGAGCGGGCUUCAGCACCAAACGACCACCCCAUAUUCAUAGCUGCGUUAGCCGAUGUGGUGGCCAGCCAUCUUAGCGGCGGACCGGCGGUUUCAAAGCAGUUCUUGUCCAGAUGUCCGCAUUGCGUAAGCGAAAGGUGCAAAAUGUCGAAGGAGUUCUACAGGAAACUCUGCCACACCAUAGACACUGACUUCAAACCCGAGAAGACGGCGGUUAGGGCAUGAAAUUAUAUCUAAGAACAACCUACCACAAAGUACUCACUAUGCAACUAUUUAGGUUAGAUCCAUAGACAAAUUUAUGAAUGUUUUCUUACACAAGAUAAGUGACACAUGACAAAUUGUGUAAGUGGUAGAGCCACGUUGCAACUAUAUUAUGGUUGUAGCACGGAUAGACCCGAUCGGGGCGGGACCUCGCUCUCACAGAAUAUAAGUAGCGGCACAAAAGUCUAGCGGUGACUGUUAUUGCGCAUAAGUCGAAAAUAAGAUAUCAUGGGGUAGUAAGAGGGUCGCGAGGCGAGCGUGCAUAUCGUUCGCACGCGCUGAUUGGCUCUCAAGUGCAUUCUACGCGGUGAUUGGCUCUCCAGUCGCAUUCCGCGCGCUGAUUAGCUCGCCAGUCGCAUUCCGCGUGCUGAUUGACUCUCCAGUCGCAUUCCGCGCGCUGAUUGGCUGUCCAUUCGCAUUCCGCGCGCUUAGUUGCUCUCCAGUCUCAUUCAGGCCCCCUUAGUGAUACGUGAUAUGUGCGUGACAGUACCAUGCUCAGCUACCCCUCCACGUUUCGUUCAGCGCUAGACUUACGUGCUGCGACUUGUACUAGCGUCAAAUAGCAGCUUAAUGCUCGUUUCGUAUGGUGAGUGUAGAAAUCCGGAGACCCGUUUUACUGGAAACGAGGCAUUUCAUCUUAGUCCUCACGGCUGACAACGCAUAUAUAUGCAUUUUGAUUCGCAAACGAAGAUAGAUGUAGAUGUCUAUGAGCCACAGCAACCAUUUACCAUCAGGUGGACUGUGUGCUCGUUUGUCACCCUUAUCCUAUAAAAAAAGAUCUAUCUAAUAUAUAAAAAUUAAUGUCGCUUGAUUUUAUGCGCUGCCAUCUUAUUUUAGUCCUGAGCGGUGCUUCGUUGUAUAAUAUGAGAGAUAUUAACACACACAAGUAUCAAAAGAUGGAUUUAAGAUGCCAUCGUUCUAUAUACUAUCUCCUACUUUUAUCAUUGUUACAAACUUUUACCAAAACAUGAAAAAUACUCGAUAAAUUCGACAAACAGGAAGGUAACGCACCUGAUGGUAAGCCAUUAAUUUUGUCAUUAGAUCUGUAUCCAUCCUUGACAGUCCUUGACGGUCUGUAUAAUAUAUGCAUUCUACGCUGAGGGCUAAGAUGGAAAGCUGUGUUAUUAUAGUAACCGGUUGUCAUCAUUUGGCAUUUCUAUAUAUAAAAAACAGUUGAUGUCCGUAAUUCUUGCUAAAACACAAAAAAACGGCUCGACCAAUUAUGAUCGAUUUUUUGGUGUGUUUUUGAUUGGAUCUCUGGAUGGUUUAUAUUCAUAAUAUGACCCGGUAGGUGGCGCUGUUGUAGAGAUUCAGUAAUCACCCGUGUGAAGUUGGGGCAAAUCGCUAGCACGGCAUCUGCUCUGCAUACUGCUAAAAUCCGCAUAGAUAUAUUAUAAUCUACAUAUAAAUAAAAAUUGAAAUGUCUGUCUGUAAUAUCGAAAUCAUGAAGCUAAUACAAAGGGGAGACGGCAUAAGCAACUGUGCACUGUGAUUCUAAGUAGGUCCUGACGUCAUCGUGUGGGCGUGGCUUUAAUUAGUAUACUGUCAGCAUUCGUCCUGUGCGCUUAUGUGUUGAAAAAAUCGCAAAUCGGUGUAUUUUCGUAGUAUUAAAAAGAAAAGGAUGAAGUGUUGUGUUUUAUUGUGUAAAAACUACUCAGAUAGACGCUCUGAUGUUAUGGAUGGCAUCACAUUUCAUUUGUAAAUAAUUUUACAUCUAAUUUAUUAAAAUAGUUCUAGAAAAAUCUCUGCGUCGGCUUUCAAAUAUAAUUAAAUAUAUUCGACACUAGAUGGCGACACUUUGUGUCAUGUGAACUAAAAAUAUGAAGGUCCGUAGAGCUCAGCAUUGGUAAAAUAAUCAUACGAAGAUGCUGAAAAUUGUUUUGCAUUCAGACAUAAAGAAAUUUUAAUCGCCAAAGUAUUAUUUUUAUAGUUUAUAACAUUUUGUGGACAUGCCGCCAUCUACCGUCAAGGUACCUAAGCUACAUUGUAACAUCGAUAUGGAAAGAUUCGAGUAUUUUUACUAUUUAUCGGUAGAUGUAGAUAAUAUAAAGUGGGCGGGGCUUUGCAUCCCGUCACCCCGCAAAUUGUCACGCGUUGUUACAUAGUGAAAUUUAAUUACAACGUCUCCUCUCUGUAUUUGCUUCAUGAUCGAAAUCUUCUGUUAAGUUCACAAGACAUGAAUUAAAUUUUUUGUUUGCUUGUUUGUCCAGGCUAAUUUUAGGAAUGACUGGACCGAUUGUGAUGGAACUUCUCAAACGCAUAUAGAGUAAUGUCAGGUGUGAUCUAGGCCAUAUUUUAUCCGAAAACAUGCAGGUGUUUCUAGUGAAAUCGAAAAAGUAAUAGAAUAAAUGGUUUCUGAUGAUUAUCUCAUAAACUAUAUGAGAUAUAAAGAAAAUGUUUCGUACAAAUGGUUUUUGAUUUGCAAUUUUAUACGAAAAAGGUUUACACUUUAUCUUCCAUCUCUUAAAGUUUUGCGGCUUAAUCGAUGUUUACAUGUUUUUUUGCUGCAGCAUCAUUUAGUUAAAAAGCAUACGGUAGUAAGACCUUUUUAAGUGAAAUUAAUAGAAUUAAAAUAAAAAGAAAGGAAAAAAAAACAGAUAGUCAUAAGGACUGUCUAUAGAAGUGAAAAAUCAAUGAUAUAUGCGUUUACAUAUACAUUGGUCGAUAUACUACAUAGUAGGCAUGCUCUAUGCGCACAAGUGUAAUACGUCACGAGUAUGUCGAGGUCAUCGCUGACGCGAACCCAUUAGUUUUACUCCUACCAAAAGUCGCUCAACACGACUAAAAAAGUUCUUUUAUUUUAAAUGUACCCCGUUUACCACGUAAUUUUCGAGAGUGGGCUUAAAGUGGUUUUUCGAUAGUUGAACUGACUUGUCCAAAGACUUCAUAUGGAUCGGCAAGUUUUUUGUGUAAGUUCUUUGCGGGUGCAGUUAAUUAUGCCCGAGAAAAAUUGACGAUAUCAUAAUCAGCCAAACGAAGCUCCCACUUUCAAUUACGAGAAUUUCUAAAGUUAGCAUUUAGUCAGUAUUUAUUUGUUAUAGUUAUAAAUUUUAGUGGCAAGGGACUCAGCAUCUAACUCUAAGCUUUGAAAAAGACAGUGAUUUGUAUAUUACUUGGUGUUUAUUUUUUUUUAAAUAAAAUUUGUUACG